AUGCCGAGCCAAGGCAAGGUGUGGUAUUUACCCCACCAUGGGGUCUAUCACCCGAAAAAACCAGAGAAAAUAUGCGUCGUAUUCGACUGUAGUUCAAAGUUUCAGGGCGUGUCGCUCAAUGACUGUCUGAUGCAAGGUCCAGAUAUGACAAACUCCCUAGUAGGCGUGCUAACCAGAUUUCGUGAAGACCCCGUAGCCUUCAUGGGGGAUGUGGAAUCCAUGUUCCACCAGGUUACAGUUCCUCCUGAACAGUAUGAUUACCUUCGUUUCUUAUGGUGGCCAGAUGGCAAUCUAGAAGCCGAGCUACAAGAGUAUCGGAUGGUUGUACAUUUAUUUGGAGCGGCCUCGUCGCCAAGUGUCGCUAACUUUGCCCUUAAGCGAACCGCAAGGGAUAACGAAGAUAAGUACGGUACCUUGGUUGCUGACACGCUGCGAAAUAACUUUUAUGUGGACGAUUGUCUACGUUCCGUAAGCUCGGAAGGAGACGAACGGGGUCGGGCAAAGCAAAAGAAAAUGGUGCUGAAGAAAGCAAGUUCCCUAACUCGACUGGAUCCCUACAUUCAUGAAGGCCUCCUUCGUGUUGGUGGCCGCCUUAGCCGCGCUGACGAUCUUCCAGAAGAAACGAAACACCCCAUCAUCUUACCUCGCAAGAGUCACGUUACGAACUUGAUUAUCAAACGCCUGCACGAACGCCUAGCACACGCAGGCCGCGGUCACACACUUGCUAAAUUGAGGGAGAAGUACUGGGUCACCGGUGCCAAUGCUGCUGUUCGUCACCUAAUCGCAAAUUGUGUUACUUGUCGCCGUAAUCGUGCCCCUGUCGCUGAACAGAAAAUGGCUGACUUGCCUAAAGACCGAGUGACUCCAGCCCCGCCAUUUACGUAUACUGGUGUGGAUUACUUCAGUCCGUACAUGAUCAAAGAAGGUCGAAAGGAACUCAAACAGUACGGAUGCCUUUUCACAUGUUUAGCAAGUAGGGCAGUGCAUAUUGAGACCGCCAAUUCUCUCAAAACAGAUUCAUUUAUCCAGGCUCUGAGGCAAUUUAUUGCUUGUCGUGGGCCUAUCCGAGAGAUCUGGAGUGACAACAGAACAAAUUUUGUAGGCGCCAAGACAGAGUUGCAGCAAGCAGUUUAUGAAAUGGACAAUGAGCAAAUCAGAAGCAGGUUGCAACAAGAGGGUACGAAUUGGAUUUUCAACCCACCGAGUGGCAGCCACAUGGGCGGCAUUUGGGAGCGGCAGAUUCGCAGUACCUGCAAAGUACUCACUGUUCUACUCCAUGAGCAUGGCUCCCGUCUGGAUGACAAAUCCUUUAGAACUCUACUAUGUGAAGUUGAAGCUAUCAUUAACUCGAGAGCGCUAACAUUCGCCUCCAGUGAUCCCGAUGAUCUCAACCCACUAAGUCCCAGCAAUCUCCUGACGAUGAAAACCAGCGUUGUACUUCCCCCAGCAGGAGUUUUUCAACAUGCAGAUGUCUAUAUGAGGCGGCGCUGGCGGAGAGUGCAGUACCUGGCAAACUUAUUUUGGACGAGUUGGAAGAGAGAAUAUCUCCCAACUCUCCAACCUCGUUCGAAGUGGAACAGUCCCAAACAGAAUCUAGCUGUCGGAGACGUUGUCCUGUUGAAAGACAACUGCCCGAGGAGUGUUUGGCCAAUGGGACGAGUCAUUAGCGCAGAAUCAGACAAGAAGGGGUUGAUACGCACGGUUCAUUUGAAGACCCAAACCUCCCAACUAUGCAGACCAGUUGACAAGGUUGUCCUCUUGCUAGCUAAGGAAGAACAAUCGUGCCUCGAUAAUGAACAAUGA